AUGGCGAAUCAAUUCCAGAUUCCUUCAUUCUCCGAGCUGCCCGUGGACAAGAAAGGACCUCACGGAAAUGCCUGGGGUCUGUGGGGCCCAGACGACCAGCUCGGCACUCUCAACUACCUGACCUCAGACGUUGUGGCAAAUGCGGUCAAGGAACAAGUCCAGACCGGACAACGAAUCUCGCUAAACUGGUCUUUAUCAGGGCCCAUCUACCCUCGAUUCGCACGCAAGAUCUUUGACCUGAAGUUGUUGAAUAAGGCGCCCCAUAAGCAUGCUCACGAUGACGAGUGGCAUUUCAACUCUCAAUGUAGCUCGCAGUGGGAUGGAGGAAGACACUAUGCGUAUCAGGAAGAGGCUCUUUACUUCAUGGGCCGUACUGCUGAGGAAUUUGCUGUCUCACCGGAGCCCAACGGGAUUCAACACAUGUCAAAGCAGGGCAUAGCAGCCCGUGCAAUCUUGAUUGACUGGUACUCUUGGGCUACCGAGGUCAAGGGCCUUGAAGUUGAUGCAAUGACUGGCUAUCAAAUCCCAUUUGAGGAGCUUCUCAAAGUCUUGGCACACCAAGGCUUGUCUGAGGACAGCUUUAGGGAAGGCGACAUACUGGUCGUGAGAAGCGGGUAUAUUCUCCAGUAUGAAACCAUGCUGCAGGAGAAGAAAGAUCUGCUAAACGAAAAGUACAAGACUGAAUUGCCCGAAAAUAUCGGUGUGAAGCCAUCCAAGCGUUUCUUGGAAUUUUUGUGGAACAGGAGAUUGAGCGCCGUCGCUGGAGACUCUCGCUCAUUUGAGGCAUGGCCUUGCACCGAGCUUGAAUGGCACUUCCAUGAAUGGCUACUCGCAGGAUGGGGUAUGCCCAUUGGUGAGUUGUUUGACUUGGAAGAGCUUUCCCGCGUGUGUCGGUCGCAGAAGCGGUACAUCUUCUUCAUGUCUAGCUCUCCAAUGAAUGCACCUGGUGCUGUGGCAAGCCCACCUAAUGCGCUAGCAUACUUCUAA